UCCAUGGUGGCUAAUCUCUUCAAGAGCCUGAUUUUACCUUACAUACAUAAGCUUUGCAAAGGAAUGUUUACAAAGAAAUUGGGAAAUACAACCAAAAAAAAAGAGAAUCAUCCACAGAAAAAGGAUCAAGACUUUCCCACUGCUGGCCAGACCAAAACCCCCAAAUUUUCUAAUACCUUAAAAAGCACUGUAAAGAAGAUUGCAAAGUGUUCAUCUACUCGCAACUUAUCCACCGAAGAGGAGGGGGUUAAUAAAGAGUUUUCCCUCUCGCCAACAUUCAGUUACCGAGUAGCUAUUGCCAAUGGCCUCCGAAAGAACAUUAAUGUAACCAACGGUGAUAAUGAGGAUCAGCUUCAAGAGUUAUCUUCAAUUGAGAGUUCCUAUUCGGAAUCACUCAAUGAACUAAGGAGUAGUACAGAAAAUCAGGUGCAAUCAACACACACAAUGCCAGUUAGACGCAAUAGAAAGAGUUCAAGCAGCCUGGCCCCCUCUGAGGGCAGCUCCGAUGGAGAACGCACUCUACAUAGUUUGAAACUAGGAGCGUUACGCAAACUGAGAAAAUGGAAGAAGAGUCAGGAGUGUGUCUCGUCAGAUUCAGAGUUGAGCACAAUGAAGAAAACCUGGGGAAUAAGAAGUAAAUCUUUGGACAGAACUGCACGAAACCCAAAGACAAAUCCCCUGGAACCAGGUUUCAGUUCCUCUGGGUGCAUUAGCCAGACACAUGAUGUCAUGGAAAUGAUCUUUAAGGAACUUCAGGGUAUAAGUCAGAUUGAAACAGAACUUUCUGAACUACGAGGGCAUGUCAAUGCUCUCAAGCAUUCCAUCGAUGAGAUCUCCAGCAGUGUGGAGGUUGUACAAAGUGAAAUCGAACAGCUACGUACAGGGUUUGUCCAGUCUCGAAGGGAAACCAGAGACAUCCAUGAUUAUAUUAAACAUUUAGGUCAUAUGGGUAGCAAGGCAAGCCUGAGAUUUCUAAAUGUGCCUGAAGAAAGAUUCGAAUACGUUGAAAGUGUGGUAUAUCAAAUUCUAAUAGAUAAAAUGGGUUUCUCAGAUGCACCAAAUGCUAUUAAAAUUGAAUUUGCUCAAAGGAUAGGGCACCAGAGGGACUGCCCAAAUGCAAAACCUCGACCCAUACUUGUGUACUUUGAAACCCCUCAGCAAAGGGAUUCCGUCUUAAAAAAAUCCUACAAACUCAAAGGAACAGGAAUUGGAAUCUCAACAGAUAUUCUUACUCAUGAUAUAAGAGAAAGAAAAGAGAGAGGGAUACCGUCCUCCCAGACAUAUGAGAGCAUGGAUAUAAAGCUGUCUACUCCAGAGCCCAAAAGCAAGAAGAACAAUUGGCAGUCACCUGAUGACAGUGAUGGAGAGCUGGAACCUGACCUCAAUAGAAACAGUUACGCUGUGCUUUCCAAGUCAGAGUUUCCAACAAAAGGAAGUACUUCCAAGUCAAGUUCAAAAUCACACAAUGCUAGAGCCAAGAAUAAAACUGCUAGUAGCAGCAGAAUUUCAAAUAAAUCUGAUUAUGAUAAAAUUUCCUCACAAUUGCCAGAAUCAGAUAAUUUGGAAAAACAAACUGCAACCCGUUAUGCAGAUGCUACACCCCUCUGGCAUUCACAGAGUGAUUUUUUCACUGCUAAACUUAGUCGUUCUGAAUCAGAUUUUUCCAAACUGUGUCAGUCUUACUCAGAGGAUUUUUCAGAAAACCAGUUUUUUACUAGAGCUAAUGGAAGCUCCCUCCUGUCAUCUUCAGACCGGGAACUUUGGCAGAGGAAACAGGAGGGCACACCUACCUUGUAUGACAGUCUGCAGGAUCAACAUUUGAAUGGGGCCAUGGGAGGUGUGAAGAGUGAAACUGGGAACACAGAAACUGUGGAUAGUGGAAUGAAUAAUGGCAUGGUGUGUGCAUCUGGAGAUCAAAGUCAUUACAGUGAUUCUCAGUUCUCUUUGCAGGAGGAUCUUUCUCCUUGGAAGGAAUGGAAUCAAGCAGAGCAAGGAGCUGACUUAGGUUUGGAUUCAUCCACCCAGGAAGCUCUUGACUAUGACACAAACAGUCUAUCUGAUCAGCAGCUGGACGUUUAUAAUAAAGACCUAGAAGACUUGGGAAAGUGCCACAGUGAUGUUCAGGAUGACUCUGAGAGCUAUGAUUUCACCCAAGAUGACAACUCAUCUCCGUGCCCUGGGAUGGAUAAUGAACCACAAGGCCAGUGGGUUGGCCAGUAUGAUUCUUAUCAGGAAACUAAUUCUAAUGAGCUGUACCAAAAUCAAAACCAAUUGCCCAUGAUGUAUGGAAGUCAAAGUGAAUUGCAAAGUGAUGACUCAGAGGAUGCCCCACCCAAAUCAUGGCAUAGUCGAUUAAGCAUUGACCUUUCUGAUAAGGCUUUCAGCUUUCCAAAAUUUGGAUCUACAUUACAGAGGGCUAAAUCAGCCUUGGAGGUGGUAUGGAACAAAAGCACCCAGAGUCUCAGUGGGUAUGAAGACAGUGGCUCUUCCUUAAUGGGGAGAUUUCGGACAUUAUCCCAAUCAACUGCAAAUGAAUCAAGUACCACCCUUGACUCUGAUGUCUACACAGAGCCUUUUUACUACAAAGCAGAGGAUGAGGAGGACUAUAGUGAACCAGUGGCUGAUAACGAGACAGAUUAUGUUGAAGUGAUGGAACAAGUCCUUGCUAAGCUAGAAAAUAGGACUAGUAUGACUGAAACAGAUGAGCAAAUGCAGGUAUAUGAUCACCCUUCAUAUGAAACACCCUAUGAAACUCCACAAGAUGAGGUUUAUGAUGGGCAGGGAGAUGAUGUGGUUAGUGAAGGGGGAUUGGAACCCUUAAAUGAAACAUCAACUGAAAUGGAAAUAAAAGAAGAUGAAAACCAAAACAUCCCUGAACAGCCAGUGGAAAUCACAAAGCCAAAGAGAAUCCAUCCCUCUUUCAAAGAAGCAGCUUUAAAAGCUUAUAAGAAGCAAAUGGCAGAACUGGAAGAGAAGAUCUUGGCUGGAGAUAGCAGUUCUGUGGAUGAAAAGGCUCGAAUAGUAAGUGGCAGUGAUUUGGAUGCUUGCAAAUUCUCUGGACUCCAGGUGAUUGGUGGGGCUGGCCGAGGACUUUAUGGCAUUGACAGUAUGCCAGAUCUCCGCAGGAAAAAAACUCUGCCUAUUGUGCGAGAUGUGGCUAUGACUCUGGCUGCCCGGAAAUCUGGACUCUCCCUGGCUAUGGUGAUUAGGACAUCACUAAACAAUGAGGAACUGAAAAUACAUGUCUUCAAGAAGACUUUGCAGGCACUGAUCUACCCCAUGUCCUCCACUACCCCCCACAACUUUGAAGUCUGGACGGCAACAACACCCACCUACUGUUACGAGUGUGAAGGGCUCCUGUGGGGCAUUGCUCGUCAAGGAAUGAAGUGUUUGGAGUGUGGAGUGAAGUGCCAUGAAAAGUGUCAGGACCUCCUAAAUGCUGACUGUUUGCAGAGAGCAGCAGAAAAGAGUUCUAAGCAUGGUGCUGAAGACAAGACUCAGACCAUUAUUAUGGCUAUGAAAGAAAGAAUGAAGAUUAGGGAGAAAAACAGGCCAGAGGUGUUUGAAGUCAUUCAGGAAAUGUUUCAGAUUUCUAAAGAAGAUUUUGUGCAGUACACAAAAGCGGCCAAGCAGAGUGUACUAGAUGGGACAUCUAAGUGGUCAGCUAAAAUUACCAUUACAGUGGUUUCGGCACAAGGCUUACAGGCAAAAGACAAAACAGGGUCGAGUGACCCAUAUGUUACUGUUCAAGUGGGAAAGAACAAAAGAAGAACCAAAACCAUUUUUGGAAAUUUGAAUCCAGUAUGGGAUGAGAAGUUUUAUUUUGAGUGCCAUAACUCCACAGAUCGAAUCAAAGUCAGAGUGUGGGAUGAAGAUGAUGACAUUAAAUCCAGAGUCAAGCAACAUUUCAAAAAGGAGUCAGAUGAUUUUUUGGGACAAACAAUUGUAGAAGUGAGGACCCUGAGUGGAGAGAUGGAUGUCUGGUACAACUUAGAGAAACGGACAGAUAAGUCAGCCGUGUCUGGGGCCAUUCGAUUGAAAAUCAAUGUGGAAAUAAAAGGAGAGGAGAAGGUUGCCCCAUAUCAUAUACAAUAUACGUGUUUACAUGAGAAUCUGUUCCAUUACUUGACUGAAGUGAAGUCUAACGGUGGAGUGAAAAUCCCAGAGGUCAAAGGGGAGGAAGCCUGGAAGGUUUUCUUUGAUGAUGCUUCCCAAGAAAUAGUCGAUGAAUUUGCCAUGCGUUAUGGGAUUGAAUCCAUUUAUCAAGCUAUGACGCACUUUUCAUGUCUGUCUUCUAAAUACAUGUGCCCUGGCGUCCCUGCUGUCAUGAGCACCUUGUUGGCAAAUAUAAAUGCUUUCUAUGCUCACACAACAGUUUCAACAAACGUGCAAGUUUCUGCCUCAGAUCGAUUUGCUGCUACCAACUUUGGUAGGGAAAAAUUCAUAAAACUACUGGACCAAUUGCAUAACUCUUUAAGGAUUGACCUGUCAAAGUAUAGGGAAAACUUUCCUGCCAGCAAUGCUGAACGGCUACAAGACCUGAAAUCAACUGUUGACCUGCUGACAAGUAUCACCUUUUUUAGGAUGAAGGUUCUGGAGUUGCAAAGCCCCCCAAAGGCCAGCAUGGUGGUGAAGGACUGUGUUAGAGCAUGCUUGGAUUCUACGUACAAAUAUAUUUUUGACAAUUGCCAUGAACUCUAUUCUCAGCUAAUAGACCCGAGUAAGAAACAGGACAUUCCUCGGGAAGAUCAAGGACCGACCACCAAGAAUUUGGAUUUUUGGCCCCAACUGAUUACACUGAUGGUCACUAUUAUUGAUGAGGAUAAAACUGCGUACACACCUGUCCUAAAUCAGUUUCCUCAAGAACUGAACAUGGGAAAAAUAAGUGCUGAAAUUAUGUGGACCCUUUUCACUCAAGAUAUGAAAUACGCACUAGAAGAACAUGAGAAGCAGCGGUUAUGCAAGAGCACCGAUUAUAUGAAUUUGCAUUUCAAAGUGAAAUGGUUUUAUAAUGAGUAUGUGCGGGAGCUUCCUGCCUUCAAGGAUGCCGUUCCUGAAUACUCUUUGUGGUUUGAGCCUUUUGUCAUGCAGUGGCUAGAUGAAAAUGAAGAUGUGUCAAUGGAGUUCCUUCAUGGAGCACUAGGAAGAGACAAAAAAGAUGGAUUCCAGCAGACAUCGGAUCAUGCCCUCUUCUCUUGUUCUGUGGUUGAUGUCUUUGCCCAGCUUAAUCAGAGCUUUGAGAUUAUUAAGAAACUGGAAUGCCCUAAUCCUGAAGCAUUAUCUCACUUAAUGAGAAGAUUUGCGAAGACUAUCAAUAAAGUACUGCUUCAGUAUGCUGCGAUCCUAUCAAGUGACUUCAGUUCAUAUUGUGAUAAGGAAAAUGUGCCCUGUAUAUUGAUGAACAAUAUUCAGCAACUGCGGGUCCAGCUGGAAAAAAUGUUUGAAUCCAUGGGAGGGAAAGAGCUAGAUCCUGAAGCUAGUACUAUUCUGAAAGAACUUCAGGUUAAACUCAGUGGGGUUCUGGAUGAGCUCAGCAUCACUUAUGGUGAAAGUUUCCAGCUUAUCAUUGAAGAGUGUAUAAAACAGAUGAGUUUUGAACUAAACCAAAUGAGAACAAACGGAAAUACUGCCUCAAAUAAGAACAAUGCAGCAAUGAAUGCAGAGAUUGUACUAAGACCCCUCAUGGACUUCUUGGACAAAACAUUAAGUCUCUCAGCAAAAAUCUGUGAGAAAACAGUCCUGAAGCGAGUUCUAAAGGAGUUAUGGAAGCUAGUUCUUAACAAAAUAGAAAAACAAAUUGUUCUCCCUCCUCUGACAGAUCAAACAGGACCUCAGAUGAUUUUCAUCGCAGCUAAAGAUCUUGGACAAUUAUCCAAACUGAAGGAGCACAUGAGUCGGGAGGAUGCCAAGGGUCUGACGCCAAGACAGUGUGCUAUAAUGGAGGUAGUCUUGGCUACCAUCAAGCAAUACUUUCAUGCGGGAGGAAAUGGCCUGAAAAAGAAUUUCUUGGAGAAAAGCCCAGAUCUUCAGUCUCUGAGAUACGCUCUCAGUCUUUAUACCCAAACUACUGAUGCCUUGAUAAAGAAAUUCAUAGACACUCAGACGUCACAGAGUCGCCCUUCCAAAGAUUCAGUGGGUCAGAUAUCUGUUCAUGUGGACAUCACCACUACCCCAGGAACUGGAGAGCAUAAAAUCACUGUAAAAGUGAUUGCUAUUAAUGACCUAAACUGGCAGACCACUGCAAUGUUCCGGCCCUUUGUGGAAGUCUGUAUACUGGGACCUAACCUUGGGGACAAGAAGAGAAAACAAGGCACGAAGACAAAAAGCAACACAUGGUCACCAAAGUACAAUGAAACCUUUCAAUUCAUUCUGGGUAAUGAAAACCGGCCAGGGGCCUACGAACUUCAUCUGUCAGUUAAAGAUUACUGCUUUGCCAGAGAAGAUCGAAUUAUCGGAAUGACGGUAAUUCAACUACAGAACAUAACAGAAAAGGGAAGCUAUGGGGCAUGGUAUCCCCUUCUGAAAAAUGUCUCUAUGGAUGAAACUGGUUUGACUAUCCUUAGAAUACUCUCUCAGAGGACCAGCGAUGAUGUGGCUAAAGAAUUUGUAAGACUGAAAUCUGAAACCAGAUCAGCUGAAGAGAGUGCUUGA